AGCAUCCGAAACCUCCUUGCCUUUCACAUUGUCCAAAUAAAUGAAGAUGGGGUCAGCGACAGAGCUGUACAGUCAUGUCUAUUCCCACACUCGUUCGAGCUAUUUCGCAUCAUUGUUCGUAGUACUCCUUGCCAUUUUCUUUUUCGCCUACUCGAUACAGCAAAGAAAGAAUAAUUUCCCAACGGUCAAUUCUUAUCCAAGAGACUGGGCACUCAAACGAGCCCACGGGGCUUUCAUCGCCGAUGCGAAGGGUUUGAUUCAGGAGGGAUUCCGGAAGUUCAACGGACCUUUUCGCAUCAUAACGACUUUGGGAUCGAGAAUCAUCCUACCGGUCGAAUAUGCGGAAUGGGUGAAGAAGAGUCCGGCUUUGGAUCACCAGGCUUUUGUGUCCGAGGAAUUCUUUGCACGGUAUCCUGGAUUUGAAGGAACCAUUGCGGUGUCAGACCCACAUGCAGUGCUUAUCGGCGUCGUGAAGAACAAACUGGCACAGAGUUCCCAGGUUCAAAAGUUCCAUACACAUGCGUCAGCAGGCGUGGCCGAAUUCUGGGGGGAAGAAGAGGCCUGGCACGACGCCCGAUGGGCCGAUACAGGAGUCAGACUCAUCGGUCUCAUGUCUGCUUCGGUCUUCGUGGGCGAUGAAUUAGCGCAGAACGCGACAUGGCAGAGAAUUACGACUAGCUAUGCCAUGACCAUGUUCAUGGCCACGCGCGCUCUCCGUUCCUGUCCUUCAUGGACGCGACCAUUCGUCCACUGGUUCCUUCCAGCAUGCCGUAACUGUCGCGCUGAGGUGAAGUGCGCGCGCCAACUGCUUCAGCAGGAACUAGACAAGCGAGCAAUCGAGAAAAGAGAAGCUGCUUCUUGCCAAGAUCAAGCGUCCGUAAAACCAGAAGACUCUAUUACCUGGGUGGAAGAAGCUACUGCUGGGCGCUCUUACGACGCCGUUGGGAUGCAGCUUGGAAUGUCCAUGGCUGCCAUUGUUACGACUUCCGAGUUGCUCAAACAGGCUCUAACUAAUAUAUGUGCUCAUCCAGAGCUCGUCGCGCCCUUGCGGGAUGAGAUAGAGGCGUCGGUGCGGGCACAUGGCUGGACAACGGCAGGGCUCUUCAAUGUGCAGCUGCUGGAUAGUGUUAUCAAGGAAACACAGCGACUCAAUCCGCUGGCUGAAGUCAACCUCGAGCGAAAGGCGGUGCGUGAUGUCACGCUACCGAGCGGACAAAUCGUGCCACGAGGAGCCUCCAUCUCCGUGUCUACAUCUCAGCUCCUCAACCCGGACGUCUACGAGCGUCCCGAGCUGUUUGACGGCUACCGCUACGUCAAGCUCCGCCAGAAAGGCGGAAAGUGGAGCACUGCCUCCUCUGCCGUAUCCACGAGUGUCGACCACUUUGUGUUUGGCAUGGGCAAGUUCAUCUGCCCCGGUCGCUUUUUCGCCAUUGCAGAGGUAAAGACGGCGCUUGCGGUUAUUUUGCUGGCAUACGAUGUAAGACUGAAGCCGGGAUAUGUUCCGAAGACCAUUCGAUAUGGCUUUGAGGUCAUGACAGAUCCGGGCGUUUGUGUCGAGGUCAGGAGGAGGUCUCUUUGAGUCAAUCUAGUGUUUAAAUGGCAUGCGUAGAGCU